AUGGAGAGGGAGACCACUCGGAACAAGAAGAGGACAAGAGAUGGAGGAGAAGACAUGAAAGGGUUUCGCAAGGGCAAGAAACAAGAAAGUGUCAACAUCAAGCGUGAUCCUUUUGAAAAUACCGAAAAAGCACAACACGGAUUCUAUGAGGGUAUUGGCAUUUUCGAUUUUCCUUGGCUCAAAGAAGGCGUUGUCUUUAUAGCCGACGAGUGUUUGGAAGCCGAGGAGAUGUUAUUCGGUCAUUGUUCGUACGUGGAUGAGGCUUCCGGAACAUUCGCAGAGAAUUUUCACCGAUUGCAUGAUGAAUAUAAUUUACAUGACCAGAAGUUAGAUGAUGAUGAUGAUGAAUUUUGGUCGUUGGAAAUCAAUGGUUUCGAACCUAUAGAUUGCAUCUGGAGUUGUAUUGAUCAGCCUCUUGACACAGUCAGGGAUGAGUUUGUGGAGGAUGUUUCUACCUUUACUUUUACUGGUGAAGUUAGGCCAUUACAUGUGCUUCCUCAGGAAUCAUCUACCUCAUUGAAAGAACCAUUGGGCAUUGUUUAUUCAGAAAAAUCAUCAGAAUCCAGUAUAGGAGACUCCAAUGCUAAAUCCCAAGAAAACGGUCGCAUUACUAGACAACUCGCUGGAGAAUCGGGAGCAGAAGAUGGGUCUUCCAGAUCAUUCUAUUGGAGCAGUAGUGGACGUGAAAACCAGUCUUUGGAUGAAAAUCCCAUUAGGAAAGUUACUGAUCAGAUGCAGGAGGCAGCCCGGGAAUCAGGGAAAGAAAAUUCAAAGGCAAAUGAAUUGAAAAUUGAGAGUAAAAAUGGUGCUGGUCAAAAUGGUGUGAGGAAAGACAUUAAUACCCAACAUCUGAAGGGUAAAUCUGAAAACCUGUUGGGGAAAAUGGAAAUAAAAACACCCCGGAGCUCCCGCAAAGCAAUUUCAAGGGUGCAAGUGAAGACUGUAACUGAAAGACAAAGUGUUCAAACAGGGCCACAAGAUGCUCGUAUUCGUCAGCUCAAGGACCAACUUAUGCAGGCAAAGGUUUAUCUUUCCCUUUCGGCCACCCGUAACAAUCCUCACUUUGUGAGGGAGCUUCGGUUGCGUAUUAAAGAAGUUCAUCGAGUGCUUGGUGAUGCCACAAGGGACUUGGACCUGCCGAGAAGUGCCUCUGAGAGGUUAAAAGCAAUGGAGCAAACACUUCUGAAAGGCAAACAAAUUGAAGAUGAUUGUGGGGCCAUGAUCAAGAAACUCCGUGCCAUGCUUCAUUCGGCUGACGAGCAGCUAAGAGUGCACAGGAAGCAGGCUUUGUUUUUGACCCACUUAACGGCCAAGACAAUCCCUAAAGGACUCCAUUGUCUUCCUUUACGCCUUUCAACCGAGUAUUUCAUGUUGAACUCAUCCCAACAGCAAUUUCCAAAUGAAGAAAAAUUAGAUGAUCCUAACCUUUACCACUAUGCCUUGUUUUCGGACAACGUUUUGGCUGCAGCAGUUGUUGAUCCUCCAAAACACGUUUUCCAUGUGGUCACGGACAGGCUAAAUUAUGCGGCCAUGAGAAUGUGGUUCUUGGCCAACCCGCCAGGUGGCGCAACCAUACAGGUCCAGAAUGUGGAGGAAUUCACAUGGCUAAACUCGAGCUACAGUCCUGUCCUAAGGCAGUUGGGUUCGCCAUCCAUGAUAGACUACUACUUCAAGAGCCGUCGAGCAGAGCCCGACUCCAACUUAAAAUUCAGGAAUCCCAAGUACCUCUCGAUCAUGAACCAUCUCCGGUUUUAUCUUCCUGAGAUUUUCCCAAAGCUUGGCAAGGUUUUGUUCUUGGACGAUGAUAUCGUGGUGCAAAGGGAUCUCACUGGAUUAUGGUCGCUCAAUCUAAAGGGAAAAGUCAUUGGUGUGGUUGAGACGUGUGGGGAGAGCUUUCACAGGUUUGACCGAUAUCUCAAUUUCUCGAAUCCUCUUAUCUCGAGGAAGUUUAGCCCACGAGCUUGUGGUUGGGCUUUUGGGAUGAACAUAUUCGAUUUGAAUGAGUGGAGGCGGCAGAGUAUUACGGAGGUGUAUCACAAGUGGCAGAACCUGAAUCACGACAGGCUACUUUGGAAGCUAGGAACUUUGCCACCUGGCCUAAUAACCUUUUGGAAUCGAACUUACGCUCUUGACAAGUCAUGGCAUGUGUUGGGACUCGGUUAUAAUCCGAACGUACCUCAAAAGGAUAUCGAGCGUGCAGCCGUUGUACACUACAACGGCAACUUGAAACCCUGGCUCGAGAUUGGACUACCAAAGUUCAGAAACUACUGGACAAAGUACGUGGAUUAUGACCACCAAUAUUUGAGGGAAUGCAAUAUAGCGCCAUAAUUGCCAUGUUCGGUUCGUGAUUAAAGAGAUUUGCGUCCGGAUUCCAGAGUCAGUAAUAUCUUGAAAGUCUGUUGUGCACUUUGAAAUUUAAACUUUAAUCUACAUUUAGUUAUAUGUCUAUAUGAUUCUGCACAAGUUCAUUUUCGUCCCAAUUGUUGCAGAAGCAGCUGAAUUGUGCGUAUUUGUACAUGUAUUCUACAGUCACAAAACUAAUAUUAUUUUUUCCUUUUUUAUUUUUCUCUUUUUGAAAUUUUGUAUAUAUACACUGUUGCAUUUUGUCUAUCGUGUCGAGUGAAGCUACUUUAUUAUAUUCAAUUUUGCUUGUAAGAAAUGCAAGUUUUCAUAUUGAAUGCUCAAUUUGGCUCCCACCAAUACACCAUGACAUUUUGGUUAAAGGUUUGUGUCG